AUGACCCGUUUCUCUCCAAAGUUCAACACUGAGGGCGAUGGGAAAAAACGGGGCGGAGCCGAGAACCAAACCGAGGGCGCCCAAGCCCCCAAGAGGAGGAAAUUAGUUAAAGUCUCCUCUGUCGCCCCGGGAUCUGCAGUCGCCGGCUCCUCCAACCCCGGCGCUCAACCCACCACUGUCGCUGUGUCUAAAGGCAAGAAUGUUGUCAAAGCCUCCGCCAAAGCUUCCGCCGCCACGACCACCGAGUUUGCCACUGCCACAACUCCACAUUCCGCUACCGGUGAUACAGCCACCGUUGCCGCCGCCAAGUCCACGACUGUAGGCGCCACAACCGCAACUGGUAACCAGUCAUCAACUGCCGGCAGAACCACCAACACUUCUCAACCCUCAGCUGUUGAGAAGCUUGCCGCCAUCAACGCCACAACCGCUGCCGCGACUUCCGAUGAGAAGACCCUUGCUUGUCUUCUACGUGCUGGGUGCAUCUUCGCCCACGCGUUUGACAAUUUCAACGCCGCCGCUGCUGAAACUGAACGGUUGAGAGCUGAGAAUGCCAAGCACCAGGAGGACGCCGCCGCUUGGAAGAAGCGCUUCGAUAAACUGUUGGACCAAGCAGGCAAAGAAAAAGUACAGGCCGACAAGUUGAUUGACCAAGCUGAGAAGGACUUGGCCGCCAGAGGCGAGGCACUGGCUGCUAAGGAGUCAGAGCUCGAAGUGUUGCGCGCUGAACUGGAGUCAGCGAAAAAGGCGUUGGCGGAGCAGGAGGAAAAGUCUGCUGAGUCUUUGGCUUCGGCGAAGGCGGAUUUGGAGGCGGUGAUGCGAGCUACUUCUGAAGAGAUCAAGAAGGCGGACGAGGCACGUGGGGCAGCCCUCGCCGCGAAAGAUGCCGAAAUUAUCUCCCAUCUUGCGAAGAUCAAAGAGCUAGAGGGCGAGCUGGCGGUGGAGAGAGCCAAAGUAGUUGAGGCGAGGGAGCAAGCCGCUGACAUUGCCUAUGACAAUCGUGAGCGUGGCUUUUACCUCGCCAAGGACCAGGCUCAACACUUAUUUUCUGAAUUUUUGGGUUUGAGGAUGAUGAAGGGAGAAGAUGAAGAUCAUGUGUUGAGAUGA